AUGGAUCGCCAGCAUGAAUCAAAGCACGUCGGCCGCAGACUUCUUCUCAACUACAUCGAUGCGGUCGCUGCUGAGAACCCCACCAAGCCUGUCAUCACUCAGGUUAUUUCUUUUGAGCCUGAGGUUCAGUUCUCUUUGACUUUCCAAGACCUGUCAACCAUCAUAAACCGUCUUGCGUGGUGGCUAGAUGAAAGCCUCCAAGGUAAAGCCAAAGGAACCACCGUUGCCUAUCUAGGUCCGAGCGAUGCAAGGCAUUUCAUUCUGUCUCUAGCAGCAGUAAAGACUGGAUCUAGGUUGCUACUCCUCUCUCCACGAAACAGUGUUCCAAUCCACGAGCAUUUGAUCAAGGAGACGGAGAGUCCUGCCAUUCUUUUCGACUCCUCCUUCUCAUCUACCGUUACAGAACUGACUGACGUAAAUGAAGUCGUUGCUGUCGAGGUUCCAGGCCUGGCUGCCUUGCUCACCAACAAUUCCUCCAUGAUGGAAUAUCCCUACCUGGAUACUUUUGAAAAUGUCUCGGACAAGCCUCUUGUGGUAUUCCAUACCAGCGGCUCAACGGGCAUGCCCAAGCCGGUAGCAUUUGUUCAUUCUGCUCUUGCCGCCAGCGACAACUUGCGCACGCUGUACUCAGAGGAUACAUACCGUGUCAGUGUCCAUCGACUCCUAGAGACUGCCCAGAGUAUCUACAAUGGAUGUCCCCUUUUCCACCUUGCUGGAUUUGUAGCCGGGCUUUUUGGUGUUUUUAGUGGCACCGUCCAGGUUAUCGGUCCUCCGAAUCAGCCAUCUAGCGCUCAGAUGUUCAAGAACAUCCUACACCUGUCCCAUAUUGACGGAGCAUUGUUGCCACCUCUUGUCGUUGAUCAGAUUGCCCAGGAGCCUGCCCUCAUCGAAGAAGUCUCCAAGCUCAAAUUCAUUACAUUUGGUGGAGGCUCCGUAAGCCAGGCAACCGGUGAUAUUCUGGCCCAGAAGACAAAGAUGAUCAACGUCCUUGGCAGCAGCGAAUGUGGCCUCAUUGGAGUAUUCAUGACCGAGCCAGAAAACUGGGGCUGGUUCCAUUUUGCAGCUAAAGCCCUGGGAAUCCACUGGGAACCUAUUGACGAAGGCACUGACGGCGAACCCGAAUACUACGAGCUAGUCCUUCGCCGUGACGAUAGUCUUCCCCAAAAACAAGCAGUGUUCCAAAACUUUCCGGACCUGGAUGAAUGGCGUACGAAGGAUAUCUUCCGUCGUCACCCAAGCAUCCCGUACUACUACAAGUAUCAAAGCCGGAUUGACGACGUCAUCGUCUUCUCUACCGGCGAGAAGAUGAACCCUAUCAGCGUGGAAGCUGGCCUCAAUGCUCUGCCGAGCGUUCAUGCUAGUCUAGUCGCUGGCCAUAAGCGUCCCUAUCCCGUCCUGCUGGUUGAGCUUGCGCCUUCCGCGACUGCGGAAGAAACGCUGCCUAUCAUAAACGCCGCCCUCGAAGAGCUUAACAAGCUGAGCAUGAAGUAUGCUCAGAUACACCGCACUGACAUCCUCGUUGCGGUGCCAGAGAAGCCGUUUGUCCGAACACCAAAAGGAACCAUCAACCGCAGCCAGACUGCAAAGCUGUAUGAAGCGGAGAUUGAAGCUCUUUACAACACGUCUACGGAGGUCCCAGUGACACUCCAGGUACAAAUUGACCCGUCCACUGAUGAGACUCUCACAAAGACCAUCGCAGAGUUCGUUGGCGGCCUCAUUGGCAUGAAAGACCUGGGCGUCGAUGACGACUUCUUCGCAAGUGGCCUGGACUCCCGGCAAGUACAGAUGCUAGCAGCGUCAGUGGCACGGGCCUUGGACAGCCAGAAAGACGUCCUCUCCCUCCGCAACGCAGUGUACAUGAAUCCCACUGCUCAGGGCCUUGUGAGGCACAUACGCCAAGAUAAGACAGAUGAUAUAUCGGAGAUAUUCGACGAGAUAUUCAACAAGUAUGCCCCCUUUCCCAGAGAGCCACUACUUCGCUGA